AUGGAGCCUAGAAAACAAGAUCAACGUUUGGUCCCAAAAACUUAUUAUUAUAUUGAUUAUAAAGAAUUUGUUGACGUUGUCAAAUGGAAGAUGUACAAGAUGCAAACGAUAGUUCGUGAUAAUUUGAGAACAGAAUCAGAAAAUAAGGGAUAUGUGUGUCCUAAUUGUGAAAAAUCUUUUUCUCCUUUGGAUGUUUUGUCCUUGGUCGAUAUGACCGAUCAACUAUUUCAUUGUGAUAUGUGUGAACAUGUGUUGGAAGAAAAUGACAAUGCUGAAAAUGUAAAAGGGAGUCAAAAAGUGUUGACGAGAUUAAGAGAACAAUCGCAGCCGAUUAUUUCCCUUUUAAAACAAACAGAUUCGAUUGUUAUUCCUUCGAGUUACAUUUAUAGACCCGGACCUAGUGGUAGAUCUACUGGAAAUAAGAAUGAUGAAUAUGAAUUGGCAAUUGCACAAGAUACAGGCGCUGGCCAAGGUGAUAUUAUUGUUGAUUUACAAAUGGAUAAUGAAGCUGCUAGAAGACAAAAAAUGGAGGAAGCAGAACAAAAAAGACAACAAAAUGCACUACCUAUCUGGCAUCAAAAAUCAACAAUCUCUGGUACCAGUUUGGUGAAUAUAAAAGAAGGACUUACCGACGUGAAUGAAAAUCAAGAAGAAGAAGAUACUUUUGAGGAAAUUGGUCCAACUGAAAUUGAUGCAGAUACUGAAGACUACUACGCUAAAUAUUAUGAGAACUUGAAUGCACAAUCUGCUUUAGAAGAUGAAGAAGAUGACAAUGAAGGAUAUGAAACUAUGGAAAUGUAUGAUGAAACAAAUAAUGAUCAGCAAGAAGAAUUUGAAGAAGAUGAAGAUAUUCCUCUAGUUUCAGUUAAUGGUAAAAUGAUUCCAUUAAAUGAAGUCCAAGAGGAAGAUCAGAGAAAUAUGACUACAGAUGAAUACAAGGCAUACUAUGAAGCAUGGGAGAAAUGGCAAAAUAACUAA